CUAGAGAGUCGCUUUCCAAGCUUAAAAUAAUCCAAUUGUUUCCCUUCUAUCUCCUCGAACUUGCCCGCAAAGCAACGCAUUAACGAGUAAAUUACUUUUGAAUCUCAUCAAGUAACAGAAUAAAAAAGAGGAGACAUAAGAUGAAGCUUGUUUGGUCCCCGGAAAGGGCCUCCAAGGCUUACCUUGAUACUGUUAAAUCGGGUGAGUUGUUUCAGGAAUCGAGCGUAGCGGAGUUGGUAUCAGCGAUGGCGGCCGGAUGGGACGCACAGCUCAUCGUAGAAACGUGGUCCAAGGGAGGAGUGACGGCCACGAGCGUCGGCCUUGGGGUGGCCAGCCACUACGCCGGAGGCCGCCACGUCUGCGUCGUUCCAGAUCACGAAUCGCGGGAAGAGUACGCUGAGGCGAUGCAUAGCGCCGGGGUGCGGCCGGAGAUCAUCGUAGGCCAGCCGGAGGAAGCCAUGGAGAGGCUUGCCGGGAUAGACUUCUUGGUGGUGGAUUGCCGGCGAACCGAGUUCUCCAGAAUACUUAGGGUGGCGAAACUGGGCCACAGAGGGGCGGUGCUGAUAUGCAAGAACGCCAGUUCUAGGGUUGUUUCCGAUUUCAGGUGGCGGAGCGUUCUGGACGGGAAAACGAGAAUCGUCCGCUCUGUGCUUUUGCCGGUAGGGAAGGGUCUCGACAUCGCACACGUGGGGGCCACCGUUGGCGGUGGAAGAAAGUGGAUCAAGCAUUUUGACGAGGAAUCCGGUGAAGAAUUUCUUUUCCGAAAAUGAACCAAGAAAAAAUUAACCCAAUCUUUAGCUCUUUCUAGAUAAUGCGAAAACAACAACUUGAUCUGUA